GCACCGCCCACUAUCUUGAAUAACUGUGCAAAUGCUUAAACGUGUUCUUCUCUCAGCUUGCCAUGUUUUACUCUCUCAUUUAACCUCUAAGUAUAUAUAUUAGCCUCAAAUUCCCAUUUAAAACCAUAUAAAUACUCCGUUUUCUUUGAUUCUCCCAAAUCACUACAAUCUUUUUUUACUUCAAUGUCAAAUGAAAACUAUUAUCUGACUCUCAACAAAUGUUGUUUUUCUUCUUCCUCUUCUUUAGGGCAUACAGAAAGAAAAGUGGAAAGGCAAGUUGAUAGGAUCAGUAGAUUACCAAAUGAGGUAAUUGCUUAUAUCCUUUCAUUCCUACCAACCAAAGAUGCUAUCACAACAAGUGUUUUAUCCCAUAGGUGGAUUUCACUUUGGACUUUUGCUGAUGCUCUUCAUUUCCCAAAUCAUUGUCCUUCCUUUCUAACAAAAGAGAACUUUGUUGAUAUUAUGAACAGUGUCCUAUCUCAAAGGGAAUCAAAAUGCAUCAAAAGACUUUCCUUCUCUAUCCUCAACAACUGUUAUAUCCCUCACUUGGUUAGUUCAAUAGUUUCCAUGGCAACUACUCAAAAAGUUUACGAGAUAGACCUCUCUUUAUAUCGUUUAAAAGUUUAUUUGCCUCACCAGCUUUAUACAUGCAAAACACUCACUGUUUUGAGGUUGGUUGGGACAUUUCAUCUCAAUGUUCCUUCUCAUCUUCAUCUUCCUUUGUUGAAGAUUUUGCAUCUCAAUCUUUUGUGCUUUGUUGAUGAUCACGAUGAUGAUGCUCUUAUGAGGUUUUUAUCUAGUUGUCCUGCUCUUGAACAACUUUUCUACGAGGAAGUGAAGUUCAAACGUACUUCUUUGUUUGGAAUAUGUGUGCCUUCGUUGAAGAGGUUAUUUGUUAGGAGUUUUGAUGAAAGACUUCAUAUUAAAACUCCUCUUCUUGAGUGCCUUGUGAUGAAAGAAACUAAGGCGAUUAACUAUGUGGUUGAGAAUUUGGACAAUUUGAAAGAAGCACAUAUUGGUAUCCAUUUUGAUUAUGAAAAUAAAAAAGUAAAAGAAAAUAUAGCAAAUAUUUUCAAUGGGGUUCGUAAAACCAGAUUUCUUUGCUUAGAUUUGUAUACCACAGAGGUGCUUACUUAUGCUUGUCUAGAAUUUCCAACAUUUGAUCAUUUGGGUCAUCUACAAUUAUAUUUAAAAAUCCUUGAUUCAUAUUUUCUAGUUGAGUUGUUGCUAGAAAAAUGCCCCAAUCUAGAAUUUCUAGAGAUUAUCAAGGUUGAUGAACUAUGUGAUAAUGAAAUUGAAUGGAGACAACCAACAAUAGUUCCUAGCUGUCUUUCAUCACACCUUACUACUUUUAUAUUCAGAGAUUAUGAAGGCACGGAUGAAGAGUUUGAACUUAUAAGUUACAUUUUAAAUAGUGGAAAAGUGCUUAAGAGAACCACAAUUUAUUUUGAGAGUAGCUGCUGGAAUCCAAGCGAGACAAGUGAUGCUGUGUUGGAAUUAUCUUCCUUGCCAAGAGCCUCAAAAGAUAACAGGACUAACUAUGUGCUUCAAAGUCGUUCUUGAUGGUAUGGAUUAUAAAUAGAGCUUUUGUAUUCUUUUUUGUAGGUUGCAGCAUGUUUUCAUGCAAGUUAUCAUGUAAUUUUAGUCCCUUGAAGAAGAAGCAACCUUGUAUCCUUAUUCUGAAUAUAAAUGAUGUUUUAUAAAUGAUGAAUAUGAUUGGCAUCUGAUGAUGUACCAUCCAGUGGUUGUUGAUUUGGUUUCAAGUCACUUUCAGAAAGCAUGGCUAUAAUUCCCGAUUUGAGCGAAUUUGCUAGAGUCCGCAUGAGUUCGACUGACUUUGCUUAGAAAUGAGUUUAUAUGAGAUUCAACUUGAUUUUUCCUCCUAGAACAUAAACUUGACAACCCGUGGU